CAAGUUGGCGGCAGUGGCGGCCAAGCUAGGCACGGCCACCACCUCCAGCCUAAACCCCGGAGUCACCACCAUGCCAGCACCCCCGCCUGGCCGCCGGCUCCUCUGCUAGGAGGAAGAGGGGCGGUGGUGAAUGCACCCGGCUGCACGAGCGAGAACAGAACCUGGCGCGGGCACAGGGCCCUGGGCGCACCAUGGCCGACGCGGAUGAUGGCUUUGGCCUGGCACACACGCCUCUAGAGCCCGACUCCAAAGACCGGUCCUGUGAUUCCAAACCCGAGAGCGCGCUGGGAGCCCCCAGCAAGUCCCCCUCAUCUCCGCAGGCUGCCUUCACCCAGCAGGGUAUGGAAGGAAUCAAAGUUUUCCUCCAUGAAAGAGAACUGUGGUUGAAAUUCCACGAAGUGGGUACAGAAAUGAUCAUCACCAAGGCUGGGAGGCGGAUGUUUCCCAGUUACAAAGUGAAGGUGACUGGCCUUAAUCCCAAAACGAAGUACAUCCUCCUCAUGGACAUAGUUCCUGCCGAUGACCACAGAUAUAAAUUUGCAGAUAAUAAAUGGUCCGUAACUGGCAAAGCCGAGCCUGCCAUGCCAGGCCGUCUCUACGUGCACCCGGAUUCCCCGGCCACCGGAGCACACUGGAUGCGACAGCUUGUCUCCUUCCAGAAACUCAAGCUCACCAACAACCAUCUGGACCCAUUUGGGCAUAUUAUCCUAAACUCCAUGCACAAAUACCAGCCCAGAUUACACAUCGUGAAAGCAGACGAGAAUAAUGGAUUCGGUUCAAAAAACACGGCGUUCUGCACUCACGUCUUUCCUGAGACAGCCUUUAUUGCAGUGACAUCCUACCAGAAUCACAAGAUCACGCAAUUGAAGAUCGAGAACAAUCCUUUUGCCAAGGGCUUCCGGGGCAGCGACGACAUGGAGCUUCACAGAAUGUCACGCAUGCAAAGUAAAGAAUAUCCCGUGGUUCCCAGGAGCACAGUGAGGCAAAAAGUGGCCUCCAACCACAGUCCUUUCAGCAGUGAGCCCAGAGCUGUCUCCACCUCAUCCAAUUUAGGAUCCCAGUAUCAGUGUGAGAAUGGCGUCUCUGGCCCCUCUCAGGACCUUCUGCCCCCACCUAACCCGUACCCCCUGGCCCAGGAGCACAGCCAAAUCUACCACUGCAGCAAGAGGAAAGAUGAGGAAUGUUCCAGCGCGGAGCACCCCUAUAAGAAACCAUACAUGGAGACAUCCCCCAGUGAAGAGGACACCUUCUAUCGCUCGGGCUACCCCCAGCAGCAGGGGCUGAACACCUCCUAUAGGACUGAGUCGGCUCAGCGGCAGGCCUGCAUGUACGCCAGCUCUGCACCACCCAGCGAGCCGGUUCCCAACCUCGAAGACAUCAGCUGCAACACGUGGCCCAGCAUGCCCUCCUACAGCAGCUGCACAGUCACCGCGGUGCAGCCCAUGGACCGCCUCUCCUACCAGCCCUUCUCUGCUCACUUCACCUCGGGGCCCCUGGUCCCUCGGUUGGCUGGCAUGACCAACCACAGCUCCCCUCAGCUCGGGGACACAAUGUUUCAGCACCAGACAUCCGUGGCUCACCAGCCUGUGGUCAGGCAGUGUGGGCCUCAGACUGGCCUCCAGUCUCCCGGCAGCCUCCAGCCCCCCGAGUUCCUCUAUUCACAUGGCGUGCCCAGGACCCUAUCUCCACAUCAGUACCACUCGGUCCAUGGCGUUGGCAUGGUGCCAGAGUGGAGUGAGAACAGCUAAGUGCAGACCUUCGCUAGAGAGAGAGGAGAGAGAGAGAGAGAAAAGAAGAGGGACAGUGACAAAGAGGACCCCACGGACAAGACUGCUCACUUCACCCAGUCACGUCUGCACGUGAGGCUCUGCGGGCCACUGAUCUAAUCAGUAGCCUGCCACCACCAUUCCAAAAAAAAAAAAAAAAAAAAAAGUGACUGCUGUUUUGUCUCAAAACCUAAAAGACAAGCAAAAAAACAAAACCAAGAAACAACAAAUUAAGAUGAGUCCCACCCUUCACAACCUCAACUCCCCAUCAGUCAGUCACAUUCACACCACCUAGGACAUCUUCCCUCAUUGUUUCUUUUGGGUUCCAGACAUCUUGCCUCAUUGAGUUUUCAAUCCCGAAGCAUGGUGAGAGCCUGUCUCUGUCUUGGUGUUGUUGUUGACUUUGA